AUGAGCAUUGAUUGGUCUCUGGAUUGUUGCAAUGAUAAACAAUUUUUAUCCAUUUUUCUCAUUGUUUGCUAUGCAGUUCUUAUCUUUAAACUAUGGCGCGUGUCAAUUCUCCAUCCAUUCAAAAUUCUAACAGUGUUUCUUCAUGAACUGGGACAUGCAACAGCUGCAUGGCUCACCUGUGGCAGUGUUAAAGGAAUGGAAGUGCAUCCAGACGAAGGCGGUGUUACAAAGACUGUUGGUGGAUUGCAGUGGGUGAUUCUACCGGCCGGAUACUUAGGAUCAGCCGUGUGGGGUAUGGCACUGACAAUUGCGAGUGCUGACAAAACAGCAUCUGAAGUCGCAGCAGGUGUUCUCAUCUUUUUCCUGCUCGUAUUUAUCGUCUACGCCCACAACGGUUACUUGCGACUCUUGAAUUUCUGCUUCGUUCUGUUACUUUCGGGAUUACUGGCGUUGAACAUUUGGACAACGUUUGAUGCAUUGAGCUAUGCGACGCUUUUUCUUGGAGUCAUGAGCUGCCUCUUCUCGGUUUACGAUAUAUGGGACGACCUCAUUUCCCGCCGGAUAAACGAGAGCGACGCGUCAGUUUUUGCCAAGAUGACGCACACUUCAAGUCGUUGCUGGGGAGUUAUUUGGGGUCUGUUUGCGCUCGUUACACUGGUUGCUGCAGUCUACUUUAACUUGCUUGUUGCAGAGGACUUGGGUGAGUCUCUAACCAACAUCUCAGAUGCUUCCUUGGGCACAAAAAUCGCGUUGGCCUGCGCUGUCAUUGUUGUGGCUCUCGCUGUGGUUCACACAGGGUUUACGCGGAGAUGUAUGCUACGGAAGCGUGUGGGACUGAACAGCUACUUCUCGUCCGCAUAG